GAAAAACUGUAAUGUAGUUUAACGCAUCAAUGUGAAAUGGGUUAGAAGAAGAAGUUUGUGUAACAUUUAUGUGUAGUGUUCAUUUUAACUUUAAAAAAGCUAUUCCCUUUGAAAUAAGCGAUAUUUUUAGUAAAUAAAGAAUUUAAUUGUCAAUUUUGGGUCUGAAAUUUUUUUCAAAAAAAAAGCAGAACAAGAUUGGAUUGUAAGCAAUACAUAGUGCAAAACUCAGCGAAAAAAUUUCUUUAUUCGAACGCUUGCCAUAUGCACGGAAAGCGAAUAGUUCAAUGCGACACACAUUCUAUACAGUCUCUAUAUGAAACAUGAGUCAGGAUCUUGAAGAAAGUUUCGAGUCCAAUAGAGAUGGCAGCAACAGUGACGGUUCUUCAUCCGGUAGCGAUAGUGAUUCUGAUGGUUCGACAUCAUCGUCAAGCAGUGGCUCAUCAAGCUCGUCAAAUUCAAGCAAUCCAUCACGACAAAGUCGUCAGUCAAACGCAAAUGCAAAUGUACCGAACCCGAUAGCCAAUAAUUCAAGUGGUGGAUCAUCACUAAAUCAGUCAAAGAGUUCAACAAAACAUUCAUCGUCGGAAGAGUCGGGCACAGAUGGUUCGCAAUCAAGUUCAGAUGAUAGUUCCGACAAUGAAAAUGAACAACAAAAUAAUUCAAAUGCGAGUAGUGCAAAUGACACAAACGAGUCAGAUAAUGCAGAGAAUGAAGGGAAUCAAGAGGCGGAUUCGAAAAGCAGUGACGAUGAUGAUGAAAGUUAUCAGGUUACAAAGCGAAAUACAAGGCCUAGAAAAGCACCACAGCCACCAAAACGAACAGCAGCAAAUAAUCGACGAAGGAAAAAAUGGGAUGAAACAUCCGAUGAAGAAAGUGCUUCAAUGGAGCCUAGCAAUAGCGAGGACGAACAAUAUAGUGAUCACAAUCGUAGACCGCGUAGACAAGUAGCUGUUGCAACAAAGAAACAACAAGCCAAACGAAAAGCAGCCAGAAAGAAAAAUUAUUCGUCUGACAGUGACUCUGAUGACGAUCCGAAGAGGUCUGCGACUCGUCGUGCGGCAGCUGCAGUUAGUUACAAAGAGGCUAGUGAAGAUGAAAAGACCGAUUCGGAAGACCUGAUUGAUGUGGACUAUGAUGAAUCAUCAGUAUUAGCGACGCAAGAGGAAUCGGAUAAAAGCGAGACGAUCGAACGAGUGAUUCAACGACGAAAGGGAAAACGUGGAGAUACAGGAAAUAAGACAACAAUCUAUGCAUCGGAGGAACAGAAUGGUGUCGCAUCAGAUUCACAAGCCGAUGUCAAAACAGUGUCAUCAUCAAAACAAAAUGGUGAGAUCGAGGAACAGUAUUUAAUCAAAUGGAAGGGCUGGUCAUACAUUCAUUGCACAUGGGAAUCUGAGGAAACGAUACGCGAACAAAAAGUCAAAGGUAUUAAAAAACUUGAAAAUUAUAUAAAAAAAGAGCGUGACAUUGAACAUUGGCGAAAGUAUGCCAAUGUGGAGGACAUUGAUUACUACGAAUGCCAGUUGGAACUGCAACAGGACUUGCUGAAAUCGUACAACAAUGUCGAACGAAUUAUAGCCGAAUCACAAAAGCCGGAUGGUGCAUUAGACUAUUUGUGCAAAUGGGAAAGUUUACCAUAUUCCGAAGCAACAUGGGAGGAUUCAAGUCUUGUGCUGCGCCAUUGGCCGGAAAAAAUUCAAGAUUUUAAUCGACGUGAAGAAUCAAAUCAAACACCAUCUCGACAUAGUCGUGUCAUUAAAUAUCGUCCAAAGUUUCAACAGCUAAAAAAGCAACCGGAAUAUAUGGGCGAGGACAGAGGACUCAAGCUACGUGAUUAUCAAAUGGACGGUUUGAAUUGGUUAAUAUUAACAUGGUGCAAAGAGAAUUCUGUGAUUUUAGCCGAUGAAAUGGGUCUAGGAAAGACAAUUCAAACCAUAUGCUUUUUAAACUAUCUAUUUAAAUCACAAUCAUUGCACGGACCAUUUUUAUGUGUUGUGCCGUUGAGUACGAUGACCGCAUGGCAACGUGAGUUUUGUAUUUGGGCACCAGAAAUGAAUAUAAUCACAUAUUUGGGCGAUGUUCAAUCUCGUGAAAUUAUUCGGCAAUAUGAAUGGUGCUUUGCCAGUACAAAUCGACUGAAAUUCAAUGCAAUUCUCACAACUUAUGAAAUUUUGCUAAAGGACAAAGCAUUUUUGGGUUGUGUUAGCUGGGCCGCAUUACUCGUUGAUGAAGCGCAUCGUUUGAAAAACGAUGAUUCGCUCUUGUAUAAAGCAUUGUAUGAAUUUGAAACGAACCAUCGCCUUUUGAUCACCGGCACACCGCUGCAAAAUUCACUGAAAGAGUUAUGGGCUCUGUUGCAUUUCAUUAUGCCGACCAAAUUCACUAGUUGGCAGGAAUUUGAAGAAAAGCAUGAAAAUGCCGCCGAAAAGGGUUAUACAGGGCUACACAAACAAUUGGAGCCAUACAUAUUGCGGCGUGUUAAAAAAGACGUAGAGAAGAGUCUUCCGGCUAAAGUGGAACAAAUAUUACGUGUAGAGAUGACUUCAAUACAAAAACAAUACUAUAAAUGGAUUCUAACGAAGAACUUUAAUGCAUUGCGAAAAGGAUCAAAGGGUUCGUCGAGCACAUUCUUAAAUAUUGUCAUAGAAUUAAAAAAAUGCUGCAAUCAUGCGUCGCUAAUUCGACAGAAUGAACUGGAGCAGGCGUACCAUCACGGCGAUGCUCUUCAAAUGCUUCUAAAAGGUUCCGGCAAACUUGUACUGCUCGAUAAACUUCUGUGCCGUCUCAAAGAAACUGGACAUCGUGUACUCAUUUUCAGUCAAAUGGUUCGUAUGUUGGACAUUUUGGCAGAGUAUUUACAAAAAAGGCAUUUCACAUUUCAACGGCUGGAUGGAAGCAUCAAAGGAGAAAUUCGAAAACAAGCAUUGGAUCACUUCAAUGCUGAAGGUUCUCAGGACUUUUGCUUUUUAUUGUCGACACGUGCCGGUGGCUUGGGUAUUAAUUUAGCCACAGCCGACACCGUUAUUAUAUUUGAUUCCGAUUGGAAUCCACAAAAUGACCUACAAGCUCAGGCACGAGCACAUCGUAUCGGCCAAAAGAAUCAAGUGAACAUUUAUCGAUUAGUUACUGCCCGAAGUGUUGAAGAGGAUAUUGUUGAGCGUGCCAAGCAAAAAAUGGUUCUUGACCAUUUGGUUAUUCAACGGAUGGACACAACUGGUAGAACAGUUUUGGACAAAAAUAGCUCGUCGACAUCGACACCAUUCAAUAAAGAAGAUUUAUCGGCAAUUUUAAAAUUCGGCGCUGAGGAAUUGUUCAAGGAUGAAGCUGAAGGCGAUGGAGACGAUUUGAUAUGUGAUAUUGAUGAGAUUCUACGACGGGCAGAGACACGUGAUGAAGCACCAACCAUGGUUGGCGAUGAACUCCUUUCUGCAUUUAAGGUUGCUUCAUUUGCUGCAUUUGAUGAAGACGCCGAAGAAUCGGUUGUCAGUCCAUCGACCAAAUCUGCAUACAAUAAAUUGAGCAAAGGAAACGAUGCAAUUAACGAAGUUACAGGAGAGACGUCACAAGACUGGGAUGAAAUUAUACCCGAGCAUAUUCGACGAAAAGUUGAAGAGGAAGAGCGUAACAAGGAAAUGGAAGAUUUAUAUUUGCCACCUCGAAAUCGAAAAACCCUACAACAAAUCAAUCAGCAAGCAGACGGCGGCAACGAAAAACGUGGCAAAAAACGAAAGAAGCAAAAAAGUGACGAUGAUAGUGACAAUGAAAGUGCAGCCGGCAGUGAUGAAGAUCGACCGAAGAAACGCGGACGACCAUCACUAAAAGAGAAAUUCUGUAAUUUCACUGACGCUGAACUACGGAAAUUUAUCAAAAGUUAUAAAAAGUUUCCGGUGCCAUUGAAAAGGCUGGAUGCAAUUGCAUUAGAUGCUGAACUACAGGAAAAGCCAUUAACCGAUUUGAAAAAGAUCGGAGAAAUGUUACGUGAUCGUUGUGUAAAAUUCUUAGCUGAACACAAAGAACAACCGCAACCCGAUAAAAAGGCAGCCAAAGCAGCUGCUGCCGAAGAGGAUGGUGAGGGUGGAAAGAAGAAAGGUGUUCGUGCUGGAUUCUCAAUAAAAUUUGGUGGCGUUUCGUUCAAUGCAAAAACACUGAUGGCGUGCGAAGAAGAACUGGCACCUUUGGACCAAGUAAUACCCAGCGAUGCAACAGAACGUUCAAAAUGGAUUUUCGAUAUUAAAACGCGACCGGCCAAUUUUGAUGUAGAAUGGACCACCGAAGAUGAUUCAAGACUAUUGCGGGGCAUUUAUCAAUAUGGUAUUGGGUCAUGGGAAUCAAUGAAAAUGGAUCCAUCGUUGAAUCUUUCUGAGAAAAUUUUAGCCAAUGACAGCAAUAAGAAGCCACAAGGAAAACACUUACAAUCACGUGCCGAAUACUUACUCAAAAUCAUCCGAAAGAAUUUGGAAUUAACAAAGGGAAUGAAUAAGGGCAAAGGUAAAAAGCCACGCAAACCAAAAGAACCGAAACCGGCCAAAUCCAAAGAUAUUAUUGAAAACGAAAACAUUUCAUCGGCUGACGAUGAGAAAAAGAAAAAAGAACAUCAUCAUCAUCAUCAUACACCGAUUGUCGCUGCACAUGAAAAUAACAAUUCGAAUGAUCGCACGGCAUUAAAUCAAAGCCAGCCACAUAAUCAUCAAACUGCUCAAAAUAUACCCAAUAGCCACGAUGAAGUUAGCAAUGGGUCUGCCACGAAAGAAACUGCCAAAAAUUCAACAAAGAAAACAAAAGCUAAUAAAGAACAAAAGAAAAAUAAAACAAAAGUUGACGGUCCGAUGCAUUUCACUGCAAACAAUGAGCCACGUGCUCUGGAUGUGCUCGGCGGUUUGGAUCCAUCUGUUUUUAAUGAAUGUAAAGAGAAAAUGCGACCCGUUAAGAAAGCGUUAAAGGCUCUCGACAACCCUGAUCAAAGUCUCAGCAAUGCCGAUCAAGUGAGCCAUACGAGGGAAUGUCUAGUUCGAAUUGGCAAACAAAUUGAAUUAUGCCUGGCAGAGUACAAAGAACAAGAUAAAAUCAAAGAAUGGCGAAGCAAUUUGUGGCACUUUGUCUCAAAAUUCACCGAAUUUGAUGCAAAGAAACUGUUUAAAUUAUACAGACAUGCAGUGAAACGUGCCGAAGAUGAAAGUGAUGCAAAAUCAACGACAACAACAUCGCCCGCCAAAAAUUCAAAAGAUUUGGCAAAAGACUCAAAAAGCGGCCAUGACCACAAAGAUAAAUCAAAUCAAAGUUUGGACGAGAAACAACAGCGCAAAGAGAAGAAGCGAAUGCAACGGGAAAAAGAGCGAAGGGAAAAGGAAGAACACAAUCGCCAUCGGCAAGAUGAUACGAACAACACUAUGGAUAAUGGUUUGCAUAAAGAUGAUUCAGGCAAACGAAGGCUUGAAGAAGGCGAACUGGUUGAAGACACCCCAACAAAAUCAUAUAAAAGGCAACAUCCAGACAACAGAAGUGGUCGUUCAGGCAAAGAAGAACGCAGCAGGUGGGAUUCAAAUGAUCACGAGCAUGGUCGUGUUCGGCACAAUUCUGGAUCGCAUUCUCAACCAAUAAAUCCAUCACAUUUGCCGAACGCACAACGCGUGCCGCAGAAUUACGACGGGCGAGAUCGUUCAAUGUAUAAUUCGGGUGAUGCAGAGCGAUGGCGUGACAAUAGAUAUAACGAUCAUAAACGCUUUGAUGCCUACAAUCGCGGAACUCCACAUGGUUACCAUAGCAGAGAUAACAGAGAUCACCGUGACAGAGAUCGUGACAGAGACCGAAGGGGCAUUGACAAUAAAAGGAGAUAUCAGCAGCCACCAAUGGGAUACCCAAGUAAUCAUUACAUAUCUCACAAUGCACCUUACUACCCUCCAGAUGCCGCAUCGAUACCAGCGAACAGCAGUAAUGCCGCACCCUAUAGAUAUCCGCCCGGCAACAGCAGUAGCUCCGAAUGGAGAAGUCGCGAACAAGAAUUUGAUAAUUAUCGACGUGAAUAUGAUCGACGAGCUCCGCCACCACCAUCGGGUACUUCAUAACAAAACUCAAACUCCGAUUGAAAAAAAAUCGAAAGGAUAAGAAACAAUGCGGAAAAGAAUCGGUCUCAUGUGUGAUGUUUAAAUUUAUCGACUAGAUAUUCCUUUCCUUUAACUUAUUUGUUUAAGCUAAUGAAAUGAUGUUCUCUUUGUAAACAGAGAGAAAACCGCAAUUACAUCAACAAUCUUUAAUCUUUUUUUAUGUGAAAGAAACAACAACAAAAAAAAAAAAAAA